AUGAAAAUGAGAGUUCACAAUACUUUUAAAGAUUUAAUAAAAUUUAAUGACAAUUUGAAAAAGGAAGAGAUACUUAUCUUAUUUUUCCACAGUAGUAUUUUAGAUCAUAAUUUUAUUUACGAAUUGGAAGAUAAAAAAAAAUCCUUAAUAAUAGAAAAUGAAAAUAUGAAAAUUUCCGAAGGUUACAUAAGAUAUAUAGCUGAUAAUAAUAAAGAAAAAGUUUUUAUUGGUAGAAUAUUAAUAGAUCCAGAAUGGAGAAAAAACUCCAAUAAUUAUAAUUUUAUAUAUAAGAAUCACGAAAAUAAUAAUAGAUAUAUUUUAAAUAUAUCGAAAAUAGACAAUUCAUUAGUUCUUCAUGUAAUUAAUAUAUCAGAACCCUCUUCAAUUCAUUCUGUUACAAUAAAAAUAAAUGAAUACAUAAAAAAUAAUAAUGAAAUAAACAUAGAGAAUAUAGAAGAAAGUAUUAAAAUACAAAAAUUAGAAAAUAUAUUUCAAACACAUAUAUUAGGAAACAUGAAAUUUAAUCAUAAUAGCAAUGUGGCAAGUACCAAUCUUAUUAAUAAAUUCAAUGUAAAUGAGUUACCAAAUCCUAAAAACAACAUUAGACAAGAUUCUCAUUUUAUCAAAAAUUUUAACGAUGAUAAUUUUGAUGAUAAAAAUCCUGUAAUAAGGGAAAGUAUAUUACCAAAUUAUAUAAAGCAAAUUCCUAUUUUAAAACCAGAUGGAUUAUUAGUAGGGCCCAAUAACAGAUUUUUUGAUCCUAAAAAUUUGCGUUACGAUCCUAUAGGACCUUUUGGGCUUGAACCAAAUGCAGAUACGCCUACUAAAUUUCCAGAUAAUUUUCCUUUUUAA